AUGCCGUCCUGCCUGCCGGGCAUCGCCGCCGAGGAGGUGGGUGCCUCAAUUUCCACACUCCGGACUUCGGCCUUCCCCACGGUUUUACAGUUUUACCCAUGCAUGGUCUCGGAGAAGGCGCUCCGCCUUGUGGCUGAUUCCGAGGAUGAAGGGCCAGGCCGCGAGGAUGAGGUCCACGAGAGCCACGAGAUCCAGGAAGUGCAGGAGGGCCAGAUCCGGGAUGAGCUGGCUGAGGGCCUCGCCGCGAUCGAGGACCUUGUCGCCGGGCGUGGCAUCCCCUCUGAGGCGGAGAUGGCCCCGAGUCGUCCGGCAACUGGAGGCCCCUCCAUUCUGACCGAGCCCGCGGUCCUGGUGGCUUCAGGUGAAGACGCAGUCGAAGAUGUUCGGCACCUUGUCUUCCGAUACCAGCGGCUCCGAUCCCUCGACCUCCCAGGCACCGUCGACUUUGUGCGCUUGUCGGGCCUGGAGGUCCUGUCCUUGUCUCACAAUGAGCUCCGGGACCUCGAUCCCCUGCGGCCACUGGUGGCGCUCCGCGAGGUGAAUCUCAACUUCAACCAAGUCGAGGACCUGAGCCCCUUGUACGAGUGCGAGCAGCUGACCAAGGCCUUCAUCGCACACAACCGCGUGCGAAACAUCUCAGGCAUGGAGUCCGGGUGCUGCCGCUUAGAGGAGCUUUCAUUGUUGGGAAACCAGCUUUCCUCAGACAAGUUGCAGGACAUCCUCAACACAUUGGUUGCGUUGCCCCAGCUGCGCUCGCUGGACGUCGCCGAGAACGAGGCUUUUGACUCGCCUGCGGCACGUCAGCGGCUGCUUGAGGCACUGCGGCCGCUGACCUCACUGGCCCUGGUGGAUGGCGAGCCCCUGGACGCCGCGAGCACGGGAGGUAAGACGCCUCCCACCUCCGCGCCACAAAGCGAGGGCAACAAGCCAGACUCCAGAGGUGGGAGAUCACCUUCUGCCAGUCCGCCUGGCACAGGCGCAGGGUCGCCAGGUGCAGAGUCGCCGGCGGAGCAAAUACAGCCAGGCGCAGCUUCGCCCGACGCGAGCCCGCGCGUGGCCCGCCCGGGCGCCGCCUCCCCGGACGCGAGCCCCCGCGUAGUCCGCCCAGGAACUGCGCCCACCGGAGCCGCCAGAGUUCGUCCGCCACUGCCGCCACGUGCCCCCGCAGGCGGCGGCUACCCCGCUCCUGCUCUGCCUCCUCUGGGAGGCAGCCUUCGGUCAAGCCGGGCCAGCAAAAUCGAUGAGGUCUUGACCGGCUCCUCUGAGGUAGCGCAACCAACUGGCAGCCCACGCCAGAUGAUGCAGGUGCUUAUGGUUCAUGCAGAAGCUCUGAAACGACGGCUGGAGACGCAGCAGGCUGAGCGCGACAAUCUUCGCUUUCAGCUGCGGCUGCUGCAGCGCGACGAGUCGGAGCGACAGCCCUCCUGGCUGGAGCAGCAGGUAGCCUACCUGGAGGCCGAGAAUCGGAACAGCGCCGCAGUACACGAUGAGUCUGAGCGCCUCACGCGGAGGAUGAAGGCUGUGGAGGCUGCCCUGGCUGAGGUUGAUGCUGAACCAUCUCAGGUGAAGGCUGUUGCUGCAGAGGUGCAGGCGCCUGAGGAGGACGAGGACGACUUGGACCUGGCUCGCUGGGAAUGUCGCAAUGUGGAGCGACGGCUGGAGCAGGCCCGCAGCUACAACCGCACACUGAUGGAGGAACUCUGCAGAAAGCGGAACCAUGACGAGCCGUUGGAGGAGGCAUCGGCGGAGGAGGACCCGGAGAUGGCGAACAUGGUGUCUCAAAACACUGAGAUGCUGCGAAG